UCUUAAAAAACUCUGAAUAGCUCGCAAGCAGAGAACCAUAGAUUCAGCUGAAAUAAAGGGCCACAGAAAUGUCGAGACAUUAUCCGUAUUUUUAGUUUGAACCAGAGAGCAACAAAGCUCCAUGGAAGCAAUCCUUUACUCAUCUCGUUUGCUUUCAAUUCCACCGUCAUCCCUCUCAUCUCUAGCCAAACAACCAACUCAACAAAGAAGAACAAGUUCCCUCUUCAUCACGAAACAAAAGAAACCGCUCGCUUCCAAUUAUCGACUUCGAAUCAGAGCACUGAACACUGCAGUCACCAUUGCUGUGAACUCCUCAGCGCAUGGUGGCGACAUCUCGGUCUUAAUUCCUGUUAGUGCGGUGCUUUUGUUUAUGUACUGGAUAGCCAAUUUUGUCGUGCCUGAUAUCGUCCAGAAAGACCUCCAGGAAAAGGAUUCAGGGGCAGGAGAGGAACCAGGACAGCAAAUAAAUACGUUUGACAGCAGAAACGAUGAGGAAAAUUCCACGAGCGAACCAAGACAGAAGCUAAAGAAAGCAGACCUUAAGAAGAUGUUGAGACCGAGACGGAAGAUACCGGAGGCAGAAAGAUGAUGAUGACUCUAAAAUCAGAAAUAGAUGUAGAUGAAUUUUACACUGUAGUUUUCCCUUCAGUAGUGCUAUUUGGUAAAUGAUUGCUUUGUCCAAUAAAAGCCUAUGCAAGUUCGCCGUGGAACAAAAGUCCCGCACGGUUCUUCAGCACAAA